AGCCCAGGCAGCCGGUGGGAGAGCUAGAGAGGCAACGAGGGGGAGAGAGGAGAGAAAAGGCAUCCGAGAAAUAAAGGGGAGAAGGAACCGGGAGUGUGAGACAGCUAUGAAAUUCAUCCAGGCUAUCUGCUUACUGCUCCUCUGUCCAGCUCUGAGCCUCAACACAAGCAGACAAAGCUAUGAUGGGUUGGAAAAGAAGCUAAAGGAAGUCUUCAGUGAACGAAGCAGCAUCUUGCACCAGCUCUCCAAGACUUCAAAGGAACUGGACAGCAUAAAAGGCAACCUUCAGUCGCUCAAAAACGAUGACACAGUGGCCAAGAAGGACGUGCAGCGGAUCCUGGAGCUCAGCCACAAACAGAGGGAAGAGAUGAAGUCCCUCCAGGCGGCCUUGCAGAAGCAGCUGGACGAGGCAAAUGAGCGAGCGGAGAAGCAGCAGGCCACGAUCAAAUUUCUAAAAGUGGAGAUGGAGAAGAAAACCAAAAUCAUCAAGGAUUUACAGCAGGAGAACAAGAGUUUAAAAAACAAACUGCUCUCGGGAAACAAGUUAUGUGACGCCUAUGCUGAAGAGUCCAAAAAAAUCCAGGCUCAACUGAAAGAACUGCGGUACGGGAAAAAGGAUUUAAUUUUUAAGGGGCAGCAGCUAAUGGACCUGGAGCACAAGUUAACCGUCGCCAAGGAGGAGCUGGAAAAGACCGCGCUGGAUAAGGAGUCUCAGCUGAAGGCGCUGAAGGACACAGUUCACAUCUGCUUCUCAGCCGUCCUGCAUAACCAGCCCAGCAGCAGCCACAGAUUUCCCACCUCCCCCACCCACUUGUUCAGAUACUCAUCGCUCAUCAACAGCUCCAGAGUCACCUUUCAGCAGCCACAUGCCAAGGAUAUCUCCAAAGUUCAGAGAAUUGUCACAGCCAGUAAAUCACCCAUGAACAGCGGAGUAAUGAGGAGAGAGAGUGGCGGCGUGAAAGAGUGCCAGAUGGAAAAGCCCGGAGGCGACUGCUUUCAGAAUCAGACGGCGGAAUCGGGACCGGCCAGUAAAAACCUACCAGUGCAACAGCAGCAAAUGAGCCAAAUCCAGCCUGGAAAAUUCGACACAAAGCCCACAGACGACAGCGAGGGAGCAGACGGCGGCAGCAGCAAAAAGACAAAGCCACACAAAUACAACUGAGCGGACGCCACGUCGCCGGGAAUGCAGAGCUCCUGUAUCGCCUGGAGGGUCUUUCCAAGAGCACACACUAGCGCACUCACA